AGAAGAAGAGUGGGAAAAAGAUGGAGUUUCAGGAGGGUAUGAUGACGUUGAUGAUCCACCAACCUGUGGAGAAGAAACAACGUGAACGCAAAAAAGAGAAAAAAGCAGAGAAGAAGGGCACAGAAACGGGAAAUACCAGGAGUAAAUGGAAGAUUUUUCAGAGGUCUUCAUCGAAUUCAACUGUUCCGUUGAAGAAUGAAGUACCGAAGAAGGAGCCUCCGAGGGAUUUUCUCUGUCCCAUCACUGGUUCUUUAAUGGCGGACCCUGUUAUCGUCUCUUCCGGCCACACCUUCGAGCGUGCCUGCGUCGAUGCCUGUAAAGCUCUCAACUUUACGCCCAUUCUAAUGGAUGAUUCAAUAGCCGAUUUCUCCUCCGUAAUCCCCAAUUUGGCUCUAAAAUCCGCUAUCGCCGCCUGGUGCCGAAGCUCCUUCAUUGACGCUCCCAAGCCUCUUGAUUCCGGUUCCGCGGAGAAGCUCCUCCGUACGUUCAUGGCGUCCUGCUGCCAAAGUCCAAAGAGCAAAACCACAACGGAGGAGAAGGAGAAGAUGGUGGUUGUCGUCACCGAGAAGGAACUGAUACAGACGGUCAGAGAAAGCCCUAGACUGAAUUUGGCGGCCGAGAUCGCACGACGUCGUAUUCAGUUCUCCUCGAGCUUGGAGGAGUCCGUUGAAAUGAUGACGUCGCGUAUGACCCCGCCGGCUCCGCUCGCGAUCUCGUCGUCGUCGUCGUCGUCGGAAAUUCCGCUCUCGAACUCCUCCUCGUCGUCGUCGGAAAUUGAAGCCCCAAAUCGUAGUAUUUCUUCUUCUUUUUCCUCCGAAGAAGAGGAAAUAGUGAUGAGUCUAAAAAGCCAACAAGUAUUCGAGGUCGAGGAGGCUCUGAUCUCGCUGAGAAAGAUCACGCGGACCAGAGAAGACACCCGGGCGCACCUCUGCACUUACCGGCUCCUCUCAGCCCUACGAUCUCUGAUCGUCUCGAAGUACACCGGUGUUCAGGUGAACUCGGUCGCAGCGUUGGUUAAUUUAUCAUUGGAAAAGUCGAACAAGAUCAAGAUCCUACGGUCGGGAAUAGUCCCUCCUCUGAUCGACGUCCUCAAGGGUGGGUCCCCCGAAGCUCAGGAGCACGCCGCCGGUGCGGUCUUCAGCUUAGCCCUAGACGACGACAACAAGACCGCCAUUGGCGUCUUGGGAGCUUUACAGCCAUUGCUGCACUUGCUCCGAGCCUACAGCGAGCGAACUCGGCAUGACUCGGCCCUGGCUCUGUACUACCUCUCACUCGUUCAGACCAACCGGUUCAAACUCGUUAAGCUCGGGGCGGUUCCGGGUCUUCUGAACAUGGCCAAGACAGGCCACAUGACGGGUCGGAUCUUGCUGAUUUUAUGCAAUUUGGGCUCGAGUGUCGACGGGCGGGUUGCGUUGUUGGAUGCGGGUGCGGUGGAGUGUUUAGUGGGUAUGUUGAGAAGGGCCGAGUUGGUGCCCGAGUCGACUCAGGAGAGUUGCGUGGGCGUGUUGUGUGCACUGAGUCACAGCGGGUUGCGUUUCAAGGCGGUGGCGAAGGAGGCAGGGGUGGUGGAGGUGCUGAGAAAGGUGGAGGCGACGGGGAGCGCAAGGACAAGGCAAAAGGCGAGGAUGGUGCUAGAGGUAAUGAAGGGAAAGGAGGAGGAGGAGGAAGUGGAUUGGGAGGAGUUGCUCAACGAAGAGUUCGAGAGUGAGACUCGGUUCGGACUCGGGGAUGGAAUCGGUGAGUCAAGUGGUAACUCGUCCUAGUUUUGAUCGAGGGGUUGGAGUUCAUGACUCGUUUCGCGCGUUUCGUCAUUUAUUAUUUUAUCUUAUUUGGAGGGCCUACAUUGUAAUUAUUUGGAGAAGUUUACAGGAAUUUUUUUUAGGUGGAAAAUGGAGAAGUUGGCUAUUGUAUUGUGCUUUGCUCUCAUUCAGUUUUCUUUCGCUCGAAUUAGGAAUCUUGAAAAGUGUAAAUAAAAACGAGGCUUUGAGA